AUUUUCAACGACCUGCUGUUUGGAUAUUUUCCUGUCAAACAAUUAAUGAAUCUCUUCUAUGAAAAUCUCGCACAUCAUCAUAAAAUAGUUUACUUUUGGAGCUCACUUGUUUUCGGCAUUUGGCUUCGUUAACAAUAUUCACAGCAACUGGCUUGACAUACGACUAAUUUUUGAUCACAGACAAACAGCCUGUCUUAAUCGUCCACGAACAUGGGUGACACCAGAGUACAAAUGACCGGUCAGGGAAGCAACUUCCAACAAUUCGACCAGUCCACCAAAAAUCAGAGAGAAGAGGAAGAGGCGACAGGGUACAACUUGUGCAGUGUGAUUCUGAUCGGACUGUCCUAUGCUCUGGUGGUCUUGACCUUUCCCAUCACCAUCUUCUUCUGCAUCCGAAUUGUGAAGGAGUACGAGCGAGCAGUCAUCUACAGACUGGGGAGACUAGAGGGCAAAAGGGCAUUCGGACCCGGCAUGUUCUUCAUCCUCCCAUGCACUGACACAUGCACUGUCAUCGACCUCCGAACUGUAUGUCUGAAUCUGCCCAGACAGGAGAUCCUUUCCAAAGACAGUGUGUCAGUGGCAGUAGAUGCAGUCGUCUACUUCAAGGUCGAAGACCCUGUGGCGUCUGUAAACAAUGUUAGUGAUGCGCGUGGCAGCACCAAACUCCUGGCGGAGACCACUCUUCGCAACACUCUGGGCACCCACACUUUGGGGGAGAUUCUGAGUCAGAGGGAGUCCCUCACCCAACACACUCUGCACAUAGUGGACCAGGCCACACACCCAUGGGGAAUAAAGGUGGAAAGGGUUGAGAUCAAGGACGUGUUGCUGCCCCAGUCCAUGCAGAGAUCUAUGGCUGCGGAGGCGGAGUCGGCCAGGGAGGCGAGAGCCAAGGUGAUAGCGGCGGAGGGCGAACAGCAGGCGUCCAGGGCCCUGAAGGAGGCGGCUGACGUCAUCAAUGAGUCACCAGCAGCUCUGCAGCUGAGAUAUCUGCAGACUCUGAACACCAUCAGUGCAGAGAAGAACUCCACCAUUGUGUUCCCAAUCCCAAUCGAGAUGUUCAAAGGAUUCGCAAACAGCGCCCAGAAAUGAGAAAUGAUGAUCAAAAACAAUAUAAAGAAAUGACUCGGAACAUUCAAUAAAGAGUGAAGAUAAAACAACUGUUUCAUAUUGUAGACACUUCCGUCUGUUAAUUAUAGCCCCCACCCAUAUGAGACUUAAAUUUUACUGUGGCGUUUCCUAUAUAUAUUUUAUUCGGCUUGGGGGCUAUAAUAAGAACAAACCAAAAGCGGACGUUUGUUAGUAUAUUUGAAGGCGACGUUUUUACUUUUUUUAGAUACUGGUAAAAGAAAGAAAGUAAAUACCGUAUGCAAAUAUUUUAGCUACAA